UGCUAGUGGGAGGCUGGGGCCACACACGCUCCUCCCCGGUACCUCCUCCAGCAUCACCAGGGGAGGAGAGGGUCGAGGCCACAGGGCCGCGCGGGGCGGACCCAGGACACAGCCGGCGCGCAGCCCACCCGCCCGCCGCCUGCCAGAGCUGCUCCGCCCUUAGCCAGGGGGACAGCGGCUGGUCGGAGGCUCGCAGUGCUGGCGGCGAGACGCAGUCGGGUUUGGAGCGCUUGGGUCGCGUUGGUGCGCGGUGGAACGCGCCCAGGGACCCCGGUUCCCGAGAGCAGCUCCGCGCCGCGCCUGAGAGUAUUGCGUCUUUUGGAGCCCAGUUAUGAAUGGCUGCUGUAGGAACAAAACAAAGCACUCUUUCUCCUACCUGGAGCAUCCCCCUGCAGGCCAGAUAAGAUCACAGCUGUUUCACCAAGUCAAGGGAGAGGCUCCUUUUUAAAAAAUUAAGAAAAAUCAGAAAACAGAGAACACUGUCUUCCUCAUCAUCUCCUGGAGCUUGUAAGAGAAAUUUCUGUCACCAAAAACGAAAAGUUCGGGCUUUUAUUCAUGCCUGUGGUUCUUGGGAUUACUGCAGUGGUGAUGAGGGAGGAGAGCAUGGGUCAACAAAAUACAAGUACUGAUGGCUGCUGCAAGCUUUGGCCAAACUAAAAUCCCCCGGGGAAAGGGGCCUUAUUCCGUUGGUUGUACAGACUUAAUGUUUGAUCACACUAAUAAGGGCACCUUCUUGCGUUUAUAUUAUCCAUCCCAAGAUGAUGAUCGCCUUGACACCCUUUGGAUCCCAAAUAAAGAAUAUUUUUGGGGUCUUAGCAAAUUUCUUGGAACACACUGGCUUAUGGGCAACAUUUUGAGGUUACUCUUUGGUUCAAUGACAACUCCUGCAAACUGGAAUUCCCCUCUGAGGCCUGGUGAAAAAUAUCCACUUGUUGUUUUUUCUCAUGGUCUUGGGGCAUUCAGGACACUUUAUUCUGCUAUUGGCAUUGACCUGGCAUCUCAUGGGUUUAUAGUUGCUGCUGUAGAACACAGAGAUAGAUCUGCAUCUGCAACUUACUAUUUCAAGGACCAAUCUGCUGCAGAAAUAGGGGACAAGUCUUGGCUCUACCUUAGAACCCUGAAACAAGAGGAGGAGACACAUAUACGAAAUGAGCAGGUACGGCAAAGAGCAAAAGAAUGUUCCCAAGCUCUCAGUCUGAUUCUUGACAUUGAUCAUGGAAAGCCAGUGAAAAAUGCAUUAGAUUUAAAGUUUGAUAUGGAACAACUGAAGGACUCUAUCGAUAGGGAAAAAAUAGCAGUAAUUGGACAUUCUUUUGGUGGAGCAACGGUUAUUCAGACUCUUAGUGAAGAUCAGAGAUUCAGAUGUGGUAUUGCCCUGGAUGCAUGGAUGUUUCCACUGGGUGAUGAAGUAUAUUCCAGAAUUCCUCAGCCCCUAUUUUUUAUCAACUCUGAAUAUUUCCAAUAUCCUGCUAAUAUCAUAAAAAUGAAAAAAUGCUACUCACCUGAUAAAGAAAGAAAGAUGAUUACAAUCAGGGGUUCAGUCCACCAGAAUUUUGCUGACUUCACUUUUGCAACUGGCAAAAUAAUUGGACACAUGCUCAAAUUAAAGGGAGAUAUAGAUUCAGAUGUAGCUAUUGAUCUUAGCAACAAAGCUUCAUUAGCAUUCUUACAAAAGCAUUUAGGACUUCAUAAAGAUUUUGAUCAGUGGGACUGCUUGAUUGAAGGAGAUGAUGAGAAUCUUAUUCCAGGGACCAACAUUAACACAACCAAUCAACACAUCAUGUUACAGAACUCUUCAGGAAUAGAGAAAUACAAUUAGGAUUAAAAGGGGUUUUUUAAAAGUCUUGUUUCAAAACUGUCUAAAAUUGUGUGUGUGUGUGUGAGAGAGAGAGAGAGAUUUUUAAUGUAUUUUCCCAAAGGACUCAUAUUUUAAAAUACAGGCUAUACUGUAAUCGUGAUUGAAGCUUGGACUAAGAAUUUUUUCCCUUUAGAUGUAAAGAAAGAAUACAGUAUACAACAUUCACAUCAGCCUAAAUUUUAAUUUUACAAAGAGGAUUCCUUUUUAGUGUCGAAGUUAAAAACUGCUUUCACAUUACUUUGACAGACAAGUAGAUUAAAACAGGCAAAAUGCCAGUGAAAACCUGUUGCGAUGAUACAAGACUUCCUAAACAUACAGUAAAAAACCAUUUCUUGCUUU